ACCACCAUAUACAAAAUUGGAAAACCCUUAUUUUCCUUUGUUCAUAAGCAAACCCUUGAUAUUUUAACAAUGGGUAGGUCUCCAUCUUGUGCUGAUGAUGCUAAUGUGAAAAAAGGGCCAUGGACAGCAGAGGAAGAUCAGAAACUAGUGGAUUACAUUAACAAAAAUGGCCAUGGAAGCUGGAGGAUUGUUCCAAAGCAAGCAGGGUUGAAUAGGUGUGGCAAAAGUUGUAGGUUAAGGUGGACUAAUUAUUUGAGACCUGAUAUUAAGAGAGGGAAGUUUAGUGAAGAAGAAGAAAGGCUUAUUAUUAACCUUCAUUCAGUCCUCGGGAACAAGUGGUCUAAGAUUGCUGCACAUCUACCAGGGAGAACAGAUAAUGAGAUAAAGAAUUUUUGGAACACGCGUAUUAGGAGGAAGCUAUUGAACUUAGGGAUUGACCCUCAUACCCAUAAGCCAAGAACUGACCUCGAUCAUCUUUUGAACCUAUCACAAUUGCUUUGCGUUGCACAAUUAGGUAACACUAUGAACCCUUUAGAUGCUGCUUUUAAACUCCAAGCUGAUGCAGCUCAACUAGCCCAAGCUCAAUUGUUUCAAAACCUAAUGCAAAUCAUGAACACUAAUAAGGCUGCAAAUGUUGAGAGUGAUGGGUUUCUUACAUUACAAGAAAACACAAACCCAAUACCUCAAAGUAUCCCAAACAAUGGUUUUAUUGCUGGUGUAGUCCCUCAAACAAGUGACCCAUGGGGUUUGAGCAGUUCCUUUGAACAAAGAGAAAAUCCAGUACUUCCUGGGUUAGUUUCAAUAUCACCAGAGAGUAAUUCAACAAUGGAAAACAAGGGCAAUAAUGAAACAGAUUCCACCAUUUAUGAAGCUUGGGAGAAGUUGAUAAUGGAAGAUGAUGAAGCUGAUGGUGGAUCCUAUUGGAAAGAAAUGUUGGAGUAG